ACACAGCUGAAGGAAGUCAGAGAGAGAAGUCGUGGAAGAACCCUCAGAGUGUGACAGUAAUGGCGUGGGCUGAAAAUGACUUUUUCCUGCCCCCUGGGGUCGUUCGACUCGGUCUCUCUGCACCAGUUAAUGGCAGAAAGUACGUCAUGUACCACGGCACCACCAGUCAGGCUGCUCAAUCCAUCCAGGCCAAUGGUUUUCAGCAGUCUACAGAUGGGAUGCUCGGGCCUGGAGUCUACCUCAGCAGAGAUCUGGAGAAAGCUAGACGCUAUCCCAUCAAUCAUCCUGAGGAUGACAAGGUCGUCAUUAAGGUUGAGGUCAAUGUGGGCAAAGUGACCACCAUCAAUAAACAAGGCCACCCACGUCAGAAGACCUGGCAUGACUCCAGAUAUGGCGAGGUGUAUGACACCGCCUGGGUGCCAACAAAUUGUGGAAUGGUGCCAAGCGGUUUGGAGGAGGAUUGUGUCUGGGAUCCAAGUCGAAUCAAAAUCAUUAAUAAACUGCCCCCUGGGCUCGCUCGACUCUUUGGACUCGGUCUCUCUAAGGCACAUAAUGGCAGAAAGUAUGUCAUGUACCACGGCACCACCAGUAAGGCUGCUCGAUCCAUCCAGGCAAAUGGUUUUCAACGCUCUUCAGGUGGGAUGCUCGGGCCCGGCGUCUACCUCAGCAGAGAUCUGGAUAAAGCGAGCCGCUAUCCCAUUGGUCACCCUGAGUCUGACAAGGUAGUCAUUAAGGUCGUGGUCGAUGUGGGGAAAGUGAUCGCCAUCAAUCGUCAGGGCCACCCACGUCAGAAAACCUGGCAUGACUCCAGUUAUGGGAAGGUGUUUGACACCGCGUGGGUGCCACCAAAUUGUGGAAUGGUGAAAAGUGGUUUGGAGGAGGAUUGUGUCUGGGAUCCCGAUCGAAUCGAGAUUAUCAAAAUCAUCCAGCCAAGGCAGAGUGAAGAUGUUGUUUCAGACCGAGGUCCCCAGUUCAUCUCGAAGUUUUGGAAAGCUUUCUGCUCCCUGCUGAGUGCCACUGUCAGCCUCUCUUCUGGUUAUCACCCUGAGUCGAAUGGUCAAACCGAACGGAUGAAUCAGGAGUUGGAGACCUGCCUUCGCUGCCUGGUCUCCCAUAACCCAUCUUCCUGGAGCAAACACAUGAUAUGGGCUGACCCUUUUCAGUGUGCCUAUGGCUACCAGCCACCUCUGUUCCCUGAGCUAGAGUCAGAAGUCAGUGUCCCAUCAGCUCAGGCCCUCAUUCGAUGUUGUCGCCGGAUAUGGAGACAGGCCCGUCUGGUGCUCCUCAGGACAUCUCCAAGUGAUACUGACACCAGCAUGCCGUACCAGUGGGCUGAGGAUGAUGGUGGUCUGCCUUAUGGCGUCAUUAAACUUGGUCACUCUCAGCCGGUCAGUGGUAGAAGGUACGUCAUGUACCACGGCACCACCAGGCAGGCUGCUCGGUCCAUCAAGAACAGAGGUUUUUGUCGGUCUAAGGAUGGGAUGCUCGGCCCUGGAGUCUACCUCAGCAGAGAUCUGGAUAAAGCGAGCCGCUAUCCCAUUGGUCACCCUGAGUCUGACAAGGUAGUCAUUAAGGUCGUGGUCGAUGUGGGGAGAGUGAUCGCCAUCAAUCGUCAGGGCCACCCACGUCAGAAAACCUGGCAUGACUCCAGUUAUGGGAAGGUGUUUGACACCGCGUGGGUGCCACCAAAUUGUGGAAUGGUGCCAAGCGGUUUGGAGGAGGAUUGUGUCUGGGAUCCCAGUCGAAUCGAGAUCAUCAAAAUCAUCCAGCCAAGGCAGAGUGAAGGUGCUGGACUGGCUGCGGUGGCUACUGCAGUCUUUGGCGUUGCUGCAAUCUUAUUGUUUGCAGCUUUAGGUAGAAACUAAAUGACAUCCCUAUGUGUUGUCUUUUCCCUGAUCAUUCCCUGUCUAGUCAUACUGAAGCAGUGUGAGGAGUGUUUUUCUUGUAUUUAAAGAGGUUCUUCUCUGAAAUGUCUGAUUCUGCACAAGUGCACUUAACACGAAUAAAAAUGUUACCGAUGCAACACAACAAUAAGCAGACUUCUCUUGGCUGCAGAUAAUAAGCCUGAAGAAAAUAAAAAACUAAAACACAGCUGCAGAAAAAGAGAUCAGGGCCUCUACUGUCAGAUAAGGAGAUAGGAAUGUAUGAUUCAGACUCUGAGGGGGAAAUUCCCAUUCCUGAUGGGGGGUGAAAUGUUCCCACUGAUCAGGGGUGUGGGAUGCGUCCAGCGUUUUGGACAACACCUCCCUCAAAGUGAAGCCAAACAGAUUUAGAGCUCCAUCUACUGACCAGCUGCAGUAUAGGUCAUAAGCUCGGCCUCCUUUGUGUUAUCAAUUGGGACAUGGGGCAAACUUUAAAAUGAAAAUACAGGUAAAGAAAAGUUUUCUCAAACCCUGUUUCUGUCAUGCUAGCUUGUUUUUAUCAUGCUGAUUUGGGUUCAAGUCCUCCCUCGUUUUCUGAGAAGUUUCAUGUUUAGUUAUUAUUUGAUUCUAUAAAAUGGAGUAUAAUGAGUGACAGCUCUGAGAAAUAUGUCAGCGUCUGUCACAGGGGUCGUUUGGCUUCACUGUUGUAAACUGUAGAAGGUGGUGAUGUGUUGUCCAUCUUUGUAUACAGUCAAUGUUGCACACAUAUCUUUAUAGAAUUUGAAUGCUAUUUCUGUAAUCGCUUAUUAUACUUUUACUACUUUAAAAUUAAAGUAUCACACUGA